AUGGCCUCCUUCAGGACAGGCCAGGGCGUGUCGGCCCUCUUGGAAAAGAUGAAGUCCCAGGACGCCGACUUCCGCUACAUGGCCCUCAACGACCUCAUGUCCGAGCUCAACAAGGACUCGUUUCUCCAGCUGGACGACGCAACCGAGGCGGCCACCGUCAGCCAGGUCCUCGACCUUAUGAAGGACAAGAACGGGGAGGUCAAAAACAUGGCCGUAAAGACCCUCGGCACACUGGUCCGCAAGAUCCGAGAGAGGCAGAUGCAGUCGAUCCUCGACAAGCUCGUCGAAUACGUCUCCUCCAAGGACGAGGAGCUGCGUGACAUUGCCGCCCUCGGACUCAAGACUGUCACCGCCGAGAUUCCCGCAAAGUCUAGCUUCGCCAACACCGCCGCCCUCAAGCUCGCCCCCAAGCUCGUGACGCAGAUUGGCGAUGCUGGCUCUUCGCAGGAGCUCCUCAUCGACUCGCUCGACAUCCUCGCCGAGGUCCUCUCGCGCUUCUCGUCGACCGUGGCCCAGAACGUCGGACUUCAGAAGUCUGCCCUGGCCGCGCUGACCCAGUCCAUGGGCCACAGCCGGCCCGCCGUCCGCAAGCGCUCGCUGACGGCGCUCGGCGCGCUGGGAUCCUGCUCCACCUCCGAGGUCUUCACCCGGCUCUCGAUGCACACCUCGUCCGAACUCGGCUCAGACGACCUCGACAAGCGCAGGACGGCCGUCCAGCUGAUCGGCGUCCUGGCCCGCACCAGCCCCAGCAGGCUCGGACGCCGCCUCCCCGAGUUCAUGCCCCAGGUGCUGGCGACGGCCGACGAGGAUGACGACGAGCUGCGCGAGGUUUGCAUGCAGACGGUCGAGGCCAUCCUCCUCCGCUGCCCGGCAGAGGUGACGCCCUUUGUCAACCAGGCGAUUCAGGCGAGCCUGCUGCUCAUCAAGCACGAUCCCAACUACGCCGGCGACGCCGAGGGCGAUUCGGACGAGGAGAUGUUUGACGCCGACCAGGACGACGACGGCGACGACGACGACGAUGAUCUGAUCGACGAGGACUACUCGGACGACGAAGACCUCUCGUGGAAGGUGCGCAGGGCCUCGGCCAAGGUGCUCAAUGCCGCCAUCACCAGCCGACCCGAGAUGCUGGCGCAGAACACGUCGAGCGUGGCGCCAGUGCUGGUGCAGCGCUUCUCGGAGCGCGAGGAGAGCGUGCGGCUUGAGGUGCUCGACACCUUCCUGGCACUGCUGAGGCACCUGCAGCUGUUCGACGGCCGACCGCAGGCGACCGAGGUGAUGAUGGGCCAGUCGCCGGGUGCCCUCAAGCGAAAGCGGUCCGAUAUGGAGACCGACGACAGCGACUCUUCGCCGCGCGGACAGCUGCGCGCACUCGUGCCGGCCAUCGCCAAGGCCCUCUCGAGGGAAGCCGUGUCCAAGUCGCUGCCGACGCGCCACAAGGCGUUCACCGUGCUGCGCGAGCUCGUCGGCGUGCUCGACGGCGGACUCGAUGCGUACGUCCCGCUGCUGGUCGGCCAGAUGGAGAAGGCGCUCCGAGGUGCCGAGUCCACCAGCGGUCCGGGCGCCAACCUCAAGGCCGAGAUCCUCGCUUUCCUCCGUGUCCUCUUCCAGACGCAUCCGCCCAAGUCGUUCGAGGGCCAGCUGCCGACGGUGGUCCCGGUUCUCGCCGCCGCCAUUGAGGACAAGCUGCACCGCAACUGCAUCGAGGGCUUCCGCGCCUCGUCGCAGCUGGUGGCCGUGCUGCAGCCGCUGUCCGGCGGCGCGUCGAGGGGCCAGGGCUACGCGCCCCACAUCCUGCCGCUGUACAGGGCCACGCUCGCCCGGCUCAACCGGAUCGACUCGGACCAGGAGAUCAAGGAGCGCGGCGUCGCGUGCCUCGGCACGCUGCUCGCCCACGCCGGCGACAGCCUGGAGCGCGAGCAGCCCGAGAGCUUCGAGUUCCUCGUGUCGCGCCUGCGCAACGAGGUGACGCGCCUGGCCACCGUCAAGGUCGUGGCCCAGAUCGUGUCGUCGCCGCACUGCCAGGGCCCCGUCUUUGACUCGUUCGUCCACGAGUGCAUCUCCGAAGUGGCGGCGCUGCUGCGCAAGAGCAACCGUCAGCUGAAGCUGGCCACCUUCGACUGCCUCGCGGCGCUGCUGGCCCGAUACGGCUCCAAGCUGGGCAAGGAGUCGUCCGACGCCAUCCUGGCCGAGAUCCAGCCGCUGCUGGUGCAGGACGAGGUCGACAUGAACCUCCUGCCCCUCAUCUUCCGCGUCGUCGGCCUGCUGCUCAAGGGCGACCCGUCGUCGCGCGCCAGCGUGCAGGAGUCGACGCUGCGCGAGAUCUACCACAUUGUCCGCUCGCCGCUCGCCCAGGGACCGGCGCUCGAGUCGCUCCUCGACUUCCUCAAGGUCUACGUCGAGGGCGACCCGUCGGCCGCCGACCAGACGAUUGCCGACCUGCUCGCCUCUCUCGACAAGGCCAAGCAGUCGACGUCGGGCACGCACGCCUACCUCACCAUCGCGCGCUGCAUUGGCGCCGUGGCGGCCGUCUCGCCCGACACGUCUGCGGGCGUCAUUGAGCGGGCUGCGAGCACGCUCGAGUCGUCCAAGUCCAAGGACUCGGACCUCUACUUUGGCCUGCUGCUGCUGGGCGAGCUGGGCCGCUUCAACGACUUCGCGCCGCGCAAGGACCUCUUCAACCGCGUCCUGAGCUUCUACUCUGCCGAGUCCGAGGAGGUCAAGAUUGCGUCCGCCUUUGCUGUGGGCAACAUCGCCAUCGGCAACCUGUCGGCCUUCCUCCCGGUGAUCCAGGAGCUGGUCCUGUCCGAGGACUCGCUGCGCUUCCUCUCGCUGCACGCGCUCAAGGAGCUCAUCACGCACGGCUCGCCGAGGCAGCUGAUUGUCGUGGCCGACACGGUGUGGGUGCCGCUCUUCGAGGCGUGCCAGACAAACGAGGAGGGGACGCGCAACAUUGGCGCCGAGUGCCUGGCGCGCCUGACGCUGACGGAUCCGACCAAGUACCUGGCGCAGCUGCAGGAGCGCCUGCGCUCGCCCUCGGCGUCGACGCGCGCGGCCGUCAUUGCGGCGGUGCGCUUCACGCUGACCGAGUCGUCGGCGUCGUACGACGAGCUACUGGCGCCGGUGCUGGUCGAGUUCCUGACGCUGCUGCGCGAUCCGGAGCUCGACGUGCGCCGGCACGCCAUGUUUGCGCUCAACUCGGCGGCGCACAACAAGCCCUACCUGAUCCGCGAGCACCUGGGCACGCUGCUGCCGCUGCUCUACGGCGAGACGCACGUGCGCGAGGAGCUGCUGCGCAAGGUGUCCAUGGGUCCCUUUACCGUGACGACCGACGACGGCCUCGACCUGCGCAAGAACGCGUAUGAGACCAUGUACCAGUUGCUCGACACGUGCCUGUCGCGGAUCCGGCUGCCCGAGUUCCUGGACCGCGUCAUUGCCGGCCUGUCGGACGACGACGGGAUCAAGGUGCUGUGCUACCUGACGCUGAUCCGGGUAUCGGAGCUGGCGCCGCUGCAGCUGUGCCAGCGCCUCGACGACCUGUCGGACCCCGUGUCGGCAACGCUCAAGACCAAGCUCAAGGAAAACUCGACCAAGCAGGAGAUUGAAAAGGCGGGCGAGCUGCAGCGCUUCGUCUUCCGCGCCCUCGUCGCGCUGAGCAAAAUGGGCGGCGCCGGCGGCAGCGCCAAGUUUGCCGCCCUGAUCCGAGAGGCGAGGGCGAGCCCGCAGGCGGCGCUGUUCAAGGAGAUGGAGAUGGACGCCGGAGGCGGUGGAGGUGGCGCAGUUCUGGGCGCUUUCCGCAACGGAGCGAGCAGCGGUUCCGCUACGCCGCCAGUCUGA